ACCUGCUAAUCUUGACGAAUGGCAAAUGCUGUUGGAUGUCGGACUUGGACGACGUUCUUCCCAGAAAAGCUCUACGAAUGCAUAACGCAGAGUCUAUGGUGCAGCCUAGCUUGCGAAUGAUUCCUUAGGGAAGCGCAACAUGAAUGUAAUUCAAAUGUUUUGGCUUGACGGCGAGCUCGCCAGCAUCACCUUCUUUCAUAUCUACAGGCAGUGGACUGGUCUAUCACUAUGGCUUGCCGCGCCAUCAUAACAGCAUUAUUAUGUUCUUCGGCUAUUGCAGUAAGCUUGCCAGUCAACCUACACGUCAGGCGUGCCGUUGACUCGGGACUUGCUAACAUCCAUGUGUCCUACGACGAGCCAGUCCAUGCUGAAGUUGUCUUUACAUACGGUUCUUGUCAGGCCAAGUCUCCUGGAGAGGCUCAUCAUCUUGUCGGUCGUGCAAAGGACUGCAACCAUGACAGGCUAUUGUGGAAAGUACCCGACUAUGCUCCAACAGGACAAUGUCUUUCAGUCUGGGACAGCAAGCAGAGCUUGAUAGGUCGCAGCGCCCCGAUAGCUAUCACCCCAAAUGGCAGGACUACUCGACGAUGCCUUAAGAAGCGACAAGACUUCGCCAUCCCGAUGGACAAUUCCAGUGGCAUCGACGCUGAAGGCCCCUGGUACGAUGGAGUUGCCCUCCUCAAGAACAAGGAGAUCAGUGCCGUCAAUGCGCAGGAGGCCAAGGCCAAGGAGAUCGCCAUCGUUGGAGCUGGGAUGGCUGGUUUGAUAACUUGGUUGGCCUUAAAUCAAUCAGGAAUGACCAAUUUGUCAAUCAUCGAAGCCGGCCAGAGAUUGGGUGGUAGAGUUCACACCGCCUACUUUGGAGACCCGAGCGAGAGGCAGUACCAGGAGAUGGGCCCCAUGCGCUUCCCUCUGUCCAUCACGUCCUCUGAAACGAAUGAAACACUGCAGAUUCAGGAUCACCGUAUUGUUUUCCAACUUGCCGACGAAGUCAAUAACCUGAACGGGAAUAACAGCAACUUCACCGUCAAUUUCAUCAAGUGGUACCAGACAGAUCCCAAUGGACUUUACUAUGUCAACGGCUCUCGCUUCGCCAAUGGUACUGUCCCAACAGUGUCGCAAGUCACCGCGAAUGCCUCUCUGGCAGGCGCCUCGUCUACCGAAGACGAUCCUUCGCUCGAUGCGCUCGACACUACCAUCGACAACAUCAUUGGCAACGAAUCCUUCAUAACACAAAUGGCGAAGAAUGUAUAUCAAGCACACAAGACAUUCUUGGAUCAGGGACUCGGUGGUCUCGGUGGCGACGACUGGUCCGAGUUCGGUUACGUGCACAACUAUCUCAAAUAUGCCUUGAAUGAUAGCUUUGUUGCGAUUGGUGAUCCCGGUAGCGAAUCCUUUUGGGAUAAUCUGUACGAGUCAAUGUACUUCUCUGCUACAGACUGGCGGACGAUCGAUGGCGGGCUGACUCGACUUCCUUCGGCAUUCCACCCUUUGGUUGACAGCGUCACCUACAUGAAUCGCAAAAUCCAGAGGGUGCAAUUCAACGAAAGUACGCAAAGAGUCACACUGCAGUGGAAAGCGCAGCCUCUCGAUCGGAGCUUUCAGAAUGCAAGUUACGACUUUGCUAUCGUGACAGUUCCAAUGCCACUCGUCAGGACGUGGAGGUUGCCAGGAUUCUCGGAUACGUUGACGACCGCCAUCGACAUUUACCCGUACUCGCAGGUGUGUAAAGUUGCUCUGCAGUUCGAAACGCGCUUCUGGGAGCACUUUGCCCUUCCGAUAUACGGGUCGUGUAGCACUACUACGGACAUUCCAGGAAUAGGAAGUAUCUGCUAUCCGAGCUACGAUAUCAAUUCGACAGGAAAAGGGGUUAUGCUGGCCAGUUAUACCUCGUCGGAUGACGGCCUGAGAUGGGCGUCUAUCCCAGAAGACGUGCACGUGCAGUAUGUGGUUGACGCCAUGGCCGAAAUUCAUGGUCAAGUUGUAUACGACCAGUAUACGGGCAAUUACAAUCGCCGGUGCUGGAUCUUGGACCAGUACGAGACGAUCAGCUGGGCGAGUCCGGAUGCUGGUAUGAGGAAGGCGUUCAUCCCGGCCUUCUUUCAGACGGAGAAAGGUAUCAUUAUGAGUGGUGAGGGAACGAGUUAUACGAGUUCCUGGAUUGCGAGUGCCCUUGAGAGUGGGGUGAGAGCAGCUACCCAGCUGUUGCUUGAGCUGGGUUUGGCGGACGAAGCUAAGGCUGUCGUUGACAAGUGGAUGGCGAGAUGGAUCGAUGUUUGAGGUGUCUCUUCUAGGCGUGAAUUUGGCACCCACAAUAUACAGAGAUGUCCUUACAGGCCAUAUCUUACUGUCGUAGUUUGUCGUUCUUUUGAGUAAUGUCGAGAAUAACUCGAUUGGGUCUUUUAAAAGACCUAAACAUGCUUAGCGGCGGCCCUGACCGGCCCAAGGUUUAGCCUUAACGAGAUUGAGGAAUUGACAUCG